UGUGUUUUACCUACUACAAUGUAAUUAACUUGCAUAAAUGACAGUCUAUAUAGACAUUUAAAAAAAUAAGGCACACUAUUUCUUCCUUUUAGUGAUUUUUGUACACGACAUGAACAUUUGACCUCAAUGUUCCUCAGUAACUUUCAUCUUUCUGUGUCUCUUCAGCUCAACAAUGUUUGUAUUUUGUUUAGUUUGCAGUCAAUGAUUGUUGUAAAAUAUCUAGCAACUUGUUAAUUCUUUCAUACUUGAUGAGAUGAUUUUAGAAUAGAAUAGACUGUGGUAGUUUUGCAAAACAACAGUCAUUGAGCCACUGGCAUUUUUUAAAAAAUGUCUUGUGUAUUCUUUGGAAAGAGAAUGAUAUAUUCCAUGAUGUUUCCCCAAAUCCAUGAAAGGAGAUCAGUUUCUACAGGAAGAAAAGUAAGACAGGACUGAGAAAAACAGGAUGUUUUGCACAAGACCCAACCCCGAAAAGUUCAGCCUUAUAAGAGGGAUCUGUUUUUCUCCAGCCCCACAACUGGAGACACUCUUUCACGCACUGCAACAGGUAUUUUCUUCAAAAUUUGUUUUAUUCAUUGUUCAUUUACUUAUUGUGUUUUUCAUCAAAAUUACUCCUUAAUGUUUGUCAUCUUGCAUAUCUUUAUUGAUCUUUGCCUAUUUUUAAUAAAAACAAAACAAAAACUUUUCUUCUUUCUAUCUUUUCUUUUUUUUAGGUAACAACUAUUGAAGCCACAAUAAAGACUUAUGUUCCUGGUCACAAACAAACUCCUCCCUCCUCCUCCCUUCUCUUUCUAUCGUCCUCACCCUCCCUCCCGGUCCUCUAUGCUCAGUUCGGUGUGUGUAUCCUCUUUCAAAGGGCGCAAGGGUGGGAACAAGUCGUCCAACAAAGCAUGUUACAGCGCAGACAUGACUUGUCCGUCAGAAAGCGAGAAAAUUGUGAUAAACUGCGGGGGAGUGCGGCAUGAGACCUACCGGAGCACCCUAAAAACGCUGCCCGGUACCCGCUUGUCGUGGCUCACCGAGCCGGACGCGUUCAGCAACUUCGACUACGACCCCAAAUUAGACGAGUUCUUCUUCGACCGCCACCCGUCGGUCUUCUCCUUCAUCCUCAACUAUUACCGCACCGGGAAGUUGCACUGUCCCAACGAUGUGUGCGGUCCCCUGUUCGAAGAGGAGCUGGCCUUCUGGGGCAUCGACGAGACGGACGUGGAGGCGUGCUGCUGGAUGAACUAUCGACAGCAUCGGGAUGCGGAGGAGGCGCUGGACAGCUUUGAGACUCCGGAGCCGGACGCGCCGGACGACGACCCGGCGCUGGGGGGCGCGGAUGGGGACUUGAAAAGACUGUGCAUGCAGGAGGACGCCAGGAGAGCAGGCUGGUGGAAAACCUGGCAGCCCAGAAUAUGGGCGCUCUUUGAAGACCCAUAUUCAUCCAAAUACGCCCGGUAUGUGGCGUUCAUGUCCCUUUUCUUCAUCCUCAUCUCCAUCUCCACUUUCUGCAUGGAGACGCACGAGGCCUUCAACACCAUCUAUAACAAGACAGAAAACGUCACAAUAGGCAAUGUGACCCGCGAAGAGAUAGUGUAUGAAGUAGUGACUGACAGCUGGUUGACGUAUGUGGAGGGUGUGUGCGUCAUUUGGUUUACCAUUGAGGUCUUGCUGCGGGUCACCUUCUGUCCAGACAAGUUGGAAUUCUUCAAAAGUGCCCUCAACAUCAUCGACUUUGUUGCCAUCCUGCCCUUCUAUCUGGAGGUUGGCUUGAGUGGUCUGUCCUCUAAGGCUGCCAAGGAUGUCUUGGGUUUCCUCCGUGUUGUCCGAUUCGUCCGUAUCCUCAGAAUCUUCAAGCUCACCCGCCAUUUUGUGGGUCUGCGUGUCCUUGGCCACACCCUUCGUGCCAGCACCAAUGAAUUCCUCCUGCUUAUCAUCUUCUUGGCUCUUGGUGUCCUCAUCUUUGCCACAAUGAUCUACUAUGCUGAGCGAAUUGGAGCAGACCCAGAUGACCCAACAGCCAGCGCCCACACCAACUUCAAGAACAUCCCCAUUGGAUUUUGGUGGGCUGUUGUGACUAUGACCACACUGGGUUAUGGAGACAUGUACCCAGAGACAUGGUCCGGAAUGCUGGUGGGUGCGCUCUGUGCCUUGGCUGGUGUGCUUACCAUUGCCAUGCCUGUACCUGUCAUCGUUAACAACUUUGGCAUGUACUACUCUCUGGCUAUGGCCAAGCAAAAGCUGCCCAAAAAGAAGAACAAACAUAUCCCUCGAGCGCCGCAACCUGGGUCACCAAACUACUGCAAGCCAGAUGCCCUCGCGAUGGCAACAGCAUCACCGCAAAGGAUCAUGGGUAAUGUCUUGGGUGGAUUGAUGGGGUCCGGAGGCCUUGGGGGUGACUGUCCUCUUGCCCAAGAAGAAAUCAUAGAGAUAAACAGAGAUUCUAAGCAGAAUGGGGAUGCAGCCUCCGCUGCCUUGGCUAAUGAAGACUGCCCCACCAUCGACCAGGUGCUGAGCCCAGACGAGAGGAGCCCCAUUGGGCGAGGGCCUACUCGGGAACGGUACCAGCAGGACAGAGCCUGCUUCCUACUCAACACCAGGGAAUUCCGUGCCACAGAUGGGAAUGUACGGAAAGGUUGUGUCAUAUCACGCGUGUCGACAGGCCAUGAGAAAUCUCGCAGUCUCAAUAACAUAUCUGGAAUGGCUGGAUCAUCUCUGCGACUCGCCCCAAUCACCAGUCCCCCCUUUGAGAACUACGAGACCCCGAGACAACUGCGCCGCUGUCGUUCCCCCAUCCCCUCCAUUUUGUAAACCCAAAUUAGACCUAACCUCUCAGAUGCUUCCAUUUAUUGCAGAGGACAUCAUGCAAAUACAAGAGCAAUAAGAAAAAAAGGAACCUAAUAGUGAAAUUAUGUCUUGUUGUGCGAGUUCUUCAGGUUGUGAUACAUGCACUAGGUGUGCAGAUUGGGUAAAAUCUAGCUUUAUAGAUACUGAAAAAUAUAAUUUUGAAUAAGAAAAAACAAAGGAAGGUACUUUCAAUAUUAAGUUAUUUAGAUUCAUAUCUAUGUUUUGGACCAAACUAUGCUUAGAACUAUAGUGAGAGAAGACGUUCAUUUAGCCAAAGAAAACGUUAUUGAUUUGAUGGAGCUUCUAUAACAUUACUGAACCUUAUUUGGAUAAUUUAAACAAUCUAAUGUCUAAAGCUUAAAAAAUAGACACAAAGUGAAGUUGUAUUUUAAAAAGAAUACAAAAAUAUUUAUAAUUUCAUUCCUAAUAUGAUCCAUAAGAACUUGUUUCCAUUAGUAUACAUUUAAAGUUCUAUUUGUUAUUCCUGAGAGUGUGUUUCUCAAAGCUCAUAGGAAAAUACUUUAGCAUAAUUAAUAAUAAUAUCUUCAUCAAAAGCAUAAAGCUGCCACCUUUAUUAAACCAGUAAGAGAUCAUAUAGAAAAAGUGCUGCAAUGUAUACUCCCCAUAGACUGUUAUUUAAGGCCUAAUUAAAGUAGAGUGCAAUUUCUUUUUAUCAUCAAACCAAGAUAGCACAUGCUGUAGCUUUGGAAAAAGGUCAAACUUUUGCUUGGCUUUGAGCAAAGAGAGUAAGAAAUCUAAAAACAAUACCCAAGACUACCUAAAUUCAUAAAUAAGCAAAAAAAAAACAAAAAAAAAAACAUUGUUACUGUUAGCUUUAAUGGAAAUACCAGUAAAAUGUGUUUUAUUUCAAAAUAAAACUUCUGGUUAGGUUAGAGUAGUUUGGUGAAGUGAUUUGGUGGUUCUAAUCAAGACAGAGGUGGUUAUCAUUGAAUUUUUAUUUAAACAUUGACAAAGAAUACCCAAUUCUAACAGAUUUUUAGCUUUGCCCGGAAAUUCCAUUAAUUGACUUAAAGGUCUCAGUACAUCAUACAUAUACUUAUGAAGAAUGUAUUAAGGAGGGGCCAUGGGUCUCAUAGUUAAUGUAAAUUAUUGUAAAGGAAACUACAAUGACUGAAUAGACCUUUAAAAAAUAAUUGGGACAGCUAUAACAUUUGCUAUACAGCUAACAGCUAUAAUUUUUGAAAUAAGACUAAGGGCAACAAAUUUAGAAGGCUUUCCAGAGUAACAACUUAAAAAAAAGAAAAUUCCAGACACGGAAUGCUAUUGUUUAAUACAAAAUGUAAAAAAAGUACAAGCACUUUACUAACAAUCAGUAUUCAUAAUUCAUAAUUAACGUUGACAUUUUGCAUGUAAGAAACAGAUUUUUAAUAAAACUUAAACCAACUGAACACAUGAGCGGACCUCAUUAAAAAAUUUCCACUUAUUUAUUCUCAUUUGAAAUAUUUUCUUAAAAUAUUGAAAAAUAAAUAAGAACCAAAAUGUAAUAUGUAAUAUUAAUUAAGAUUGCGCAAUACAGAAACAAAAAUCUAUAUUAUACAAUACAAAACAAAACAGACUUUUAAUGUAAAAGUAAGUAUUCCCUACAAACCCAAAUUGUUAGUUUUAUGAAUAAGUGUAUCCCUUUCACUUCCACCUUUUCCAUGUCAAUAAACAUAUGUGUACUUAGGAGCAAAAAAAAAAGUAAUAUUACAUUUACAUAUGCAAUAACACAUACAAUCAUUUUAUGCUGGAUUGCAUGCACAUUUAUAGGUAUAUCAAUACAUUUUUAAGCAGAGAAACGCACAGAUUCAAACUACGAUCUUUGAUUCAGCUAUUCCAGGUGUGAUCAAAGCAUUACGACAAGAACCAUUUUUCUUGUUGCAUUCCUUUUUUAUGUGGUACCAGACAUUUUAAAGCUUUUACUUUUGUAAAUCCUUUAUAUUUUCAUCACUGCUGUUUGUAACAUGUGUAAAAACUGACUCUGUACCACUGACUUGUCACAUUUUGUUCAAAGAUGGUUAUAUAUAAGGAUAUAUAAACUUUUAAUUUAAACUGUCAACUCCAGGAGCAGAAAUGUCCAACUAAGAAGAACAAGUACCUAUUUAAUCAGGUUGCAAUAUUAUUAUUUGGUACAAUCUUUAAGCUUGAUUGCUAUUUUGUCUAAUAUCCAUGUGCUUCCAGACACUCACAUAUAACACAUAUCUUUGUUGAUAUGCAGUAAAAAAAAAAAUAGGAAACACUUUGAUGUUUGUUUAAAUCUGUGGUACUUUAAGUCAAAUUGUUCCAAAGUAAAUGUCAAAUGUAACAUCUUACUGGAUCUACAAUGCAGUUUAUUGAGGCCCAUUUGUCCUAUUUUUUUUAUAAACUGUUCUAAGUGUUGAGUUGUUUUACAGUUGUAUUGUGAAAAAAAUGAGAGAUGCAGUUUUUUGUUUAAUUAUUCAAUGCACUUUUUAUUGCUCCUUGAUUGGAAAUCUCUUGGACGGUAAAAUGUUUAGUUUAUUGUGAAAAUACACUUUUUUUAUGAACAUGUAAUAAGUUAUAUGGACAGUUUGUUUCUUUGUGUUUUGGCCAUGCUUAAAUCCCAGCCAAUCACAGCCUGUAGCUCUUGUUAUCACCAUUGCUCUUAAAGAAAAACCUGCAAACGCACAUUUAUACCCCCUAAACAUGAAAAGAUUCCACAGUGUGGAUUUGACAUUUUGUAGAUAUCUAGAAUGUCAAUUUUUUUGUACUGUAAAGAAAAGUAUGCAAUGCGUUCCUUAAGCUUUUACAGCAAAAGGAAAAGAUUAACACAAUCUCACACCUAGCUUUCAUUUGCAUCACUUGCAUCAUGUGAUUGGUCGUAUUUGAUUUUUGCUGUCUACAAAACUGAUAAGAGUGUCAUAACUGUGUUUAGAUGUAAUCUUGAUCACUAGUUGUGAUAAAUAAAUAUUCUUGUUAAUAAAAAAAGGCAUUUGUUGCCUCUAUGAGGCCUCUUUAGGCUGUGAUGUCAUUCAGGAUACAACCCAGCUGGAUUUAACUAGCUACAUUUUUAAAGCACUGCUUGAAUAGAUCAGUGGUCAUUACAUUGUAUGUAAAAAUCUGUAUUUACACAUCUAAAAACAUUAAAAGUUAUAUGGAAUGAAGUUUAUAGCUUGUGAGUGUUGACCAUAAUGAUCCAAUAUGUACAAUUUCAUCUGGAGUGGAGCUGUUUCUGUUUUCAUGUUUAAGAUUUUUUCUCUUUUUAUUUUAUCUGGUUUAUUCUUAAUAUUACAUUGUACUUGUAUAAUUUGAGUAGAUCUUAAAAGAUCUUUUUGAUGAAUUAUAAUUUAUGUUUUUAGCUUUUAAACACAAUUCCAUUGCCACAUUUCCACAAGAUGCAACCAGUAUUUUAGAAUUCUUAAAAAUUCCGCAUACUGACCAGAAAAAGAAUGUCGCUGGUUAAAAAAUAAUGCCUUUGCUGGCACACCUUUUUUUAAAAAAAGUGGAUUAAAUGAUUAGCGGGAUAA